AUGAACUCUACUUUAUCACCACCCUCUUGUCUCCCAGUGAUGCCGGUGUUCCAGGCAGUAGAACAUAAUUGCCAUCGACGGCUUAAAUAUGGUGGCAUUACUCAACAUAAGUUUGGUGGUGGUCAACACUCUUUAGUUUUGCCGAGAUUGGCUUCGAUUAUGUCUUAUCAUGUCUCCAACUCUCGAUCAACUUGUAGAGUUGCAACUCCUGCAAAUGAAGGAACAGUUUCUGUGGUGGAUUUUGACGAACUAAUUGAGAAAGAUUGGUCAUUUCUCGAGCCCGUUGACAAUAAUUCUGAGCAGCAACACAAGCAGAAGAUUGAUCAAAUUAUCUCAGCAGGGGAGAUUGCCGAGACUUCAAAAGUUCUAAUUUCAAUUAGUUCUGAACAUUUUGUUGAUAGAAUUGUUGAAUGUUCACCUUGUCAGCAGUUGCUUGUUGUCCAUGACUCACUGUUUACGCUAGCAUGCAUCAAAGAGAAAUACGACAAUGUCAAAUGCUGGCAAGGAGAAAUGCUAUAUUUACCAGAGGAUUGGGUGGCAUUGGAUGUUGUUUUCUUGUAUUUCCUCCCUGCUUUGCCUUUCCAACUCACCCAGAUCCUUGAAACACUUUCCAAACAUUGUUUGCCAGGUGCUAGAAUUGUUAUCAGUCAUCCGUCAGGGAGGCAGAUGGUUCAAGAGCAAAAGAAACGGCACCCGGACAUAGUAGUAGGCGAUGAGUUACCAGGCAAGAUUACACUGCAAGAUGUUGCUACAGACAAUUCAUUUCAGUUGGUGAAAUUUGUAGAUGAACCUGAUUUUUACCUUGCAGUAUUGAAACUAGCGAAAAAUGGUUGA